AUGUAAUGUUGAUCGUUACGACGAAUUGUGUUACUGAUUAUGUUUAUUUAUAGAUUCUGAGGCUAUGACAUUUCAAGGAUUGGCUGGCACAAGUUUCACAUAUUUCAAGAGCUAUGAGACUAUUGUUGUAUCUAAGCGAAUGCUUCAUACUGGGGCCUUAAAGGGGGACAUCAACCUGAUACAAAAGGCACUCAAAGGAGGAAUUAAUGUGGAUGUUUGUGAUGAGCAAGGUACUACAGCUCUAAUUUUGGCUAGCAAGUAUAAUAAUUAUGAUUGUGCAGAGUUGCUGCUAAAGAAAGGAGCUAAUCCUCUGGCUCAAAGAGUGUCAGGAACUACUAGUCUCUGUUGUGCUGCUCAAGGAGGCUUUCAUUCUCUUGUAAAACUAUUACUUAAGUAUGGUGCUGAUGUUGAAGCAUGUGGAUCGGACGGAAUCACCCCUUUCCUCAUUGCAUGUCAAUGCAAUCAUUUAGAUGUGGUGGAAGAAUUAAUUUUUCAAGGAGCUGACCAGGAAAGAAAGAUGAUUGAUGAUUCUAGUGCAGUAUAUGUUGCUGCUCAGAAUGGACAUGUGAAAAUUAUUUCAUAUUUAGUAAAGCUUGGUGCUGAUGUAAAUAUGAAAAGAGUGGAUGGCUCAACUGCACUUUUGGUUGCAUGCCAAAUGGGCCAUACUAGUUCAGUACAAGAAUUAAUAGAUCUUGGAGCAGAUGUUAAUGCUGCUAGAAUUGAUGGCUCUACUCCCCUAUUCAAAGCUGCACUUAAAGGUUUUGAAAGCAUUGUACAGAUACUUAUAUCUCAUGGAGCUUACCAAGGCAUUCUAAAAAAUGGUGAAUCACCUCUUCAUGCUGCUGCACAGUAUGGUUACACUAAUGUUGUUAAAAUUUUAAUUGAAGCUGGUUCUGAUCCAGUUCUUAAAAAUAAGGUAUUUCUAUUGGUUCUGUUUUGCUACCAGUGCCGGUCUGGACCAGCAGCUGAGAAUCGCUGUUAUAAAUUAAAGGGGUAUAUUGAAAUUAACUAA